CUUAUUCACUUUUCCUGUACUCGCUCGCAAUUGGUCUAACGAGACAAUUUGAUUGUUAGAAAAGUUUACACGAUACAUUCGUGUGAUUGUCCAAUGCCGUAUUCCCAGGGCUCGUCGAUAAGCUCUCUCGCAACGGCUCGGCAUGUAAAUCACUAGCUGUCCUCGUAUGUCGAGCAUGCACCCACGCGUUCUGAUCCUGCGAGGUAUCCUUCGACCUAAAGCGACUUCAUGCCCCAGAGUCUCGGGAGCUUCUGAGGACAUCAUGACUGUCGCCAAGUACCUGCUCACAUAACGGAGGAUCGUAUCAGCAGAAGGCAUGCCGCCCAAGCGUAUCAGAAUCUCCGAAGGCUCAUGCUGGCGAUGCAAAGAUCGUCGAGUGCUUUGCGACGUGAAGAAGCCAGUAUGCACGCGAUGUGAAGCUGCCGGGACCAAAUGCGAGUAUGGCACGCGUUACAAGUGGGCGAAUGGAGUUGCAGCACGAGGGCGCUUCGCAGGUCAGAACUGGUUGCCAGUCAAAACACCUUCACCGCCGCCGCCGCGGCUCAAAUCACCAUCAACACCCGAUGAUUGGCAAGUGUUGUACUUUGCAAAAGAAGUCUUACCAAGGUUCAGUUUGAUGGAUGACGGACCUGAAGUCGAUCCAGCAUGGCUUAUCACUGACUCGUCAAUACAUCAAGCAGUCAUUGCUGUCGCAAAUGCACAUCGCCUUUUCAGGAAUCAUGGCGUUCAGGAGGAGACGUUGUCACAGAUCAAGCAAGCAAGAUUGACGGCUAUACGCUCACUACGAACACGACUUCAAGAUUCCUUCAACUUAUCACACGCUAUCACGUUUCCAUCCAGUGUAUUGCUCUGCAUGCUAGAUGGUAUCAUAGAGCCGCAGGAAGAUGGGCUCGCAGCAGCGUUCCAUCUUCGUGGUGGUCGAGCUAUCCUUCAAUAUGGUAAUCAUAUGAUGGAGGUGUCGUCUGUCAAAUCUGGUCCCAUGUCGCUCUUUCUCUCUGUCUAUGCAACUAUGGAUCUGACAUAUGCGAUCUUGGGUGGUGAAACGCCACAUCUCGGCCCUGAUAUAUGGCUUCAACUUGCAGACAGUGAGGCCUGGUGGUCUGGUAUCAAGGACGACCACGCUUUCGUCGACAUAAUGGCAUUACUUGCUCAACUAGCGCAACUCGGCCACGACGUAAGGUCCACAGGCUUUCCUGCUCCGAUCAGAGAGUUACUAGAGAUUCAACUCACGCUAGGCAGAACAGAAUCUCGGCUCGAAAGCCUAGCAACACCAGCCUCAUCACCAAACGGCUGUCAGUCGCUCGACGCUUUGACAGUCUUCUGCUCUGCCUACCGAGCCAGCGCGCGUAUAUACAUGUACCGUGCCUUAUGCAAUCUCAACAUCUCCGAUCUUUUGGUGCAAGAGAGCGUACAAGAAGGCAUAUACGCACUCCAGCAAGCGCCACUUAUCGGCAAACUCGCACAUUGUCUACUUUUCCCAUGCUUGAUGAUUGGUACUCAUUGCAUAACUCCCGAUGCUCAGCAGACAGUCUUGAGCUCGCUGGAGAUUGCUGGCGACUAUCUAUCUUUCGGCUCCAUCAAGAUCAUGGAAGGGUUUCUGAGAGACUUGUGGUUGGCUGGGGACAUCAGUACGGAUUUCUGGACCACAAUGCAACCUGUCUCUGGCAAAGCUUUCAUGUUCUGAGCUAUUGUUGAAGGACUCUUGGUACCAUUUCCGUGGUACAGAUGACAAGCAUCGCCUCAAGUUUUGACGGCUGAGCAUAAUCGCGCCUGGGUAUUACAAUUCACGCCAACCACGUGAGUCGCUCACAAAACACCAUACCCCGGGCCCUUCUCGGCGGUCGAUAUCUUCUUUUUGCAUAAGACGCUCGUCCUUCGACUCACUAUGCUUUUCUGCCACGAGCUUCGUUCAGCCCCGUGACUUUGCGAUCGGGAGACACGACUCCUACUCGCGCAACUACUGUC